AUGUCGAAAGUUGAAGCUGAAGGCACCAACGGUGAUAAACCUGCUGAGUCAACAGAAAAGAUUGCUGAAAAUAUUGAAAAAUUAAAUGUUGAAAAUGAAGAAGAUGAUGGUGAAGAAGAGGAAGUGAAUGGCGAAGGUGCUGCUCCAUCUGGUGAAAAAAAGAAGAAAAAAAAGAAGAAGAAUAAUAAAAAGAAGAAGAAGACCAUUGUACCAAUUACUCAAAUUUAUCCAGAUGAAAAAUAUCCAGAAGGUGAAUGGCAAGAAUAUAAAGACACAAAUAAUUUCAGAACAACUAAUGAAGAGAAAAGGUAUUUGGAUAGACAAGACGAUUCAAGAUGGAAUGAUUUCAGAAAAGGUGCUGAAAUUCAUCGUCGUGUUAGAAAACAUUUAAAUAAUGUUUUACAACCAGGUUUAACAACAACUGAAAUUGCAGAAACUAUUGAAAAUUCAGUUAGAACAUUCAUGAAUGAAGAAGAUACUAAAAAAGCUGGUAUCGGUUUCCCAACUGGUGUUUCUUUAAACCAUUGUGCUGCACAUUAUACACCAAAUGCAGGUGAUAAAACCGUUUUAAAAUAUGAAGAUGUUAUGAAGGUUGAUUAUGGUAUUCAUGUUAAUGGUUAUAUCGUUGAUUGUGCCUUUACAAAGACAUUUGAUCCAAAGUAUGAUACUUUAUUGAAAGCCGUUAAGGCAGCUACCAAUACUGGUAUUAAAGAGGCUGGUAUUGAUGUUAGAUUAACUGAUAUUGGUGAAGCUAUUCAAGAAACAAUGGAAAGUUAUGAAGUUGAGUUAGAUGGUGAAACAUAUCCAGUUAAAUGUAUACGUAACUUGAAUGGUCAUAACAUUGCUCCAUAUCAUAUUCAUGGUGGUAAAUCAGUUCCAAUUGUUAAAAAUGGAGAUGAAACUAAAAUGGAGGAAGGUGAAGUGUUUGCUAUUGAAACUUUUGGUUCCACUGGUAGAGGUUAUGUUAUCCCUGAAGGUGAAUGUUCUCAUUAUGCUAAAAACGUUGAUGCUCCACAUAUUCCAUUAAGAUUAAACAAGGCAAAGACAUUAUUGGCAAAUAUUGAUAAACAUUUUGGUACUUUACCAUUCUGUCGUAGAUACUUGGAUAGAAUUGGUGAAGAUAAAUAUUUAUUUGCAUUAAACAGUUUAGUCAAGGCUGGUAUUGUUCAAGAUUAUCCUCCAUUAAAUGAUUCAAGAGGUUCGUACACUGCACAAUAUGAACAUACUAUUUUAUUACAUCCAACCCAAAAGGAAGUUGUGAGUAGAGGUGAGGAUUAUUGA